GACGGACAACUUGCUGGCAUAUUAUCUGAGAGUUUCUAGGAAACUUCAAAUUGACGCUGUGAUAUCUACGUAUCAAUUGUGGUCACUGCAAAAAUGAACAGUACGAAGUGAAGGCUGUGGUCAUGAGACGGAAAGCGCUGAAUGUAUAGUGACAGAAGUCGGAAGUCGCAGUAGCUUGCCGCUCAUACUAUGCUUGGGAGGCAGUAUGAACGGGGACCGGGAGUUCCUGCAAGUAGAAGAGACUGUGUGGCUGUUUGCAUACAAGGGGAUGUAUAUAAGUACGAAUACUACUUGCGCAGACUGAAAGUUUCAACAAUUCCGCAACACACCUCUAUGAGUAUGGUCUCCAAUAACACUACUGAUGAACAUCAAUAUCAUCUUGAAGCAUCUGUCGACACUGCAGCUCGUCCGCCUCCGCCUGCGUACAAUGCAAGCGAAGGAUAUCGUGGAAAAUUUCCAGUGUUCGUGAAAACACAACCUGGGGUGUCCACCGUGUCCUAUAAUCUUCACCGGAGUUAUGUCGAGUCAGGAAGACUACGUGUCAUAAACCCCGAAGAAUACGUUACACCACUAGGAUACUCGGGACCCUAUGUGGUCGAAGGCAAUGACGGUACAAGCCAAACGUCAUUACCAGGUACACAUUCCCUGGACCUGGUACGACCGUCUAUAGGCGGUGAGAUGCAAUGGGGCUCAGCUAGCAUGCAGACGAACCUGUCAUCAUCACUAUUUCCCACACAUGACUUGAUGGAUUUGACGAAUUCGAAGGUCCUCAGACAGGCAAUUCCUACAGACAACUUGAGGAGGUACAAUGAAUGCUUUGAAGCUUUUGCUGUUAUCUCGCAUACCAGCAGCCUGGAGGGCGGCUUUCCAAAUAAGAAGCCACCGUCCACCACAAAUCCUCAUCCCUUUACUGUGCAUGACGUGACAAAAGAGAACUGGGAGCAUUUUCUCCAGGAGAUACAAGACGUUAGCGAGGAUACAACUGGGGAUAAAGUCAUUAAUGGUAUCGUUGAUACUAUGGGACAUCUACUCAUCCCAGGUCUUGAUGCACAAAUCUAUUGCAAAAGGUCGUCACCCAUCGGCUACGUCAUCAAUCGGUGGAAUCAGGAAUUCUUUCACCCUCGCAUGAUGGAAGUCGUCCUUGCCCAUGGGAACGUAUGUUGCACUGGACCGCUCAACGCCGUCCCAGCGGACAGAACGAUGGAUAGCAAGCAUGGUCCUGACAGCCCCGACGGUUACAUCUCAGAAGAAGAAAAGGCGCCCAGUAUUAGAGAUCGUGUGGUGUUUCACGAAUAUCGAACUUCGCGUCGAUCCUUCCGGGAAGAUGUGCGAAGUGAGAACAGACGACGAGAACGUCGGAGUGCUCGUAGGGGACUUAAACAACAGCUGAAAAAGCAGUGGCACGAUCGACGAGAGGUGUGGAGAGACCCCGGACGCUUGGACGAUGACAAGUGGAGGUUGGUGGUUGCGUAUAAGCCCGCUGUUCUUGAAUAGCAAACCUUCUACAUCCCGACUGCAUACCUAGUGGAAUAAUGAAAUAAUAUCAUGGUGCGAUGCACUAUUCUUACCUCUCAACCCAGUGUCUGGAAGCAUUUGCGAAGGUAUCAUAAAGGUGGUGACACACA